GUCACCAAUACUAAAAUGGCGGUAGUAACGUUUGCUUUGAAUUUUGGAAUUUCGAUUUUGCUUUGUAAGGGUACAGACAGCACCUUCGUAUAAAUGGGGGGUUGAAUACUAAUAGAUACGACUUUUCUUUUAUAUAACUUUAUUAACCACAUAUCAGUAAUGGACUCUGUCGAGGGGGAAGACCAGACGCUACCUCUGGACAUUAAUGGAAGCACCAUGUCUAGGCUGCCAGAUGCAGAGCUGGUUGGAGACAGGGGAGGUAUUGCUGUGGAGCCUGUGACAGCAUCCAUGUUUCAUGGAGAGAAAAUGUCGCCCACCAAAGCUCUCACCAUGAAGGACUAUGAAAAUCAAAUCACUGGUCUGAAGAAAGAAAAUUUCAACCUUAAGCUCCGCAUUUAUUUCUUGGAAGAACGGAUGCAGCAGAAGUUUGAUGACUCCACAGAGGAUAUAUUCAAGACGAAUAUUGAGCUGAAAGUGGAGGUGGAGUCGCUGAAGAGAGAACUAGCUGAGAAGCAGGAGCUGUUGGUGUCUGCUUCGAAAGCUCUGGAGAGCCUGGCUGGAAAGGAGUCGGGAGAGGCCUCCCGAGCAAAGGAGCAGGCCCAGAGGGAGGCCGACCAGCUCAGAGACUUCUUCAACAAGAGGAUCCAGCAGCUAGAGGAGAGUCUGAAGGCAGCUGAGGGCGAGGCUGAGAAGAUGGCAGCUAUUGCAGAGCAGGAAAAGAUGCGCAACAUUGACAUGGAGAAAAAGCUUUUGACAUUUGGCCUCUCUGGAACAUUUACACCCGCCCCCCCUCAGGACCUACACCACGCCUUGCAAGAGAAGAACAGUGUUAUUGAGCAGCUGAGACUUUCCCUGAAGAACCAGGAUGCAGUGAUUGAACAGCUGAGGAAGAACUGUCCUGACCAGGGCUCUGGUGACCUGCCCACCUCUGAACAAGUCAGGCAGCUCUCUGCUCUCAUGGGGCAAAGGGAUAGGGAGCUUCAGGCUCUGAGAGAAGAACUUCAGCGUGAGAGGGUCAAAAAUGAAAAAGAGAUUCAGAGUUUUGUAGACAAGCAGAAUGAAGUGGCCAGGUUGGAGGCGGCUACAAAACAGUUGAGUGAAGAGCUGAACAGCACAAAGGGUGCUAUCCAGAAUCUGAGCAAGACACUUGAAGAUACAGAAAAUCAAAACAAGAUGCUGAGUGGUAAACUGGAGGAAAGGGAGAGGGAGCUGGCCUCAGAGAAAAAGAAUGCGCUGAAAAGAGACAAAACAAUCCAAGGCCUGAGUCUUGCUCUGAAGGAGAAAGACAAAGAGAUUGAAGAGCUCUGCCGUGAGAUGGAGGGCAAGGAUGAGGCCUUAGCCAAGGCCCGGCAGGCUGUGCGUAAGGCACAGAUGCAAAAGAACCAGGGUGUGGAGGAGCACCAGAGCCUCCUGACGGUGAGGCAGGAGGAGCUGAUGAACUUGGAGGCGGAGCUGGCCAACCUGCAGGCGGAGCACCACAAAAAGGUGCUGGAGGCGCAGAAGCUGCAGCGGGCACUGGGACGGCAGGAGCAGGAGCAGCGCUGUCUGCAGGAGGCCAAGGAGCAGCUGCAGCAGGAGCUGGAUGACCUGUACCAGCUGAAGAGGAAGGGGGACAAGGCCAUCAAUCACCUGACCAACCAGCUGAAGAAGCUGAGUGAGGGAGUGGGGGAGAGCGAGGGCGCCCUGGAGCAGCUGUACCAGGCCCUCCUGGAGGAGAGCAAGUGCAAAAUCCAGGGUCAUGAGCUCACUAUCCAGCGCCUCACCUCCAGCCUGAGUGAGAAGGAGCAGCAGCUGCAGGAGUACAUGAACAUGAUCAAUGAGAACAGAGGCCCUGCAGGCGGGGACACCAUGCUGGCCAAGCUGCGUGAGCGGCUCAAAGAGAAGGAGAAGGCGCUAGAGCAAGCAAUAGAUGAGAAGUUUGCUGCUGUUGAGGAAAAAGACAAUGAAAUCCGGCAACUCCAGCUGUCUUUGCGCGAGAAGGAGAGAGACUUGGAAAGACUGAAGAACCUUCUCUCUCACAAUGAAGAGACCAUCAAUAGCUUGGAUACCCUGAUGAAAGAGAAGGACGUGGAGCUCCAGCACCAAGUCAGCAGCUUUAAGAAUCUGCAGAGGGCCAAGGAAGAACUGGAGGAGAACCUGGCGCGUGCCCUUCGGGAGAAGGAGUCCAUCAUCUCCCAGCUGCAGCACACUCUCGAGGCCAAGACCAAGGACUUGGAGAACAUGGCCAACACUCUGGUCAGCCAGACGCAGAGCAACGCCAGAGACGUGGCGGAGCAGCUGAACCAGCGGCUCAAGGUAGCAGAAACCAGGCUGUCCGAGGCACUGAAGGACAAAGAGAGGCUGGUGUCUGACAACCAGAGCGCCACAGAGGGACUCCUUGCCACCAUCGGCAGCAAAGACCAGCUGCUCAAGGAGUCUGCCGAGCAUUAUAAUCGCAUGCUGAGUGAGUGUGCUCAGGAGAUACUGGAGCUGAAGAGGCAGCUCUCUGAGAAGCAGCAGCAGCUGAGCAGCGCAGAGAGACAGAGCUUGAUGACCACGCAGGAGAAAUACCUGGAGACUACAGAACUCAAGGUCCUGCUGAGCCAAAAGGACACAGAGAUCAGCAAGCUGGUGGAGAGCGGGCAGGAGAGGGAAAGGUUCCUGGCGGAGCUAAAGCUGAUGGAAACACCGGUUCCUCAGGUGGUGGAGCUCAGGCAGACUAUCCAGGUGCUGCAGGAGCGUCUGGAGGAGAAAGAGGCUCAGCGCUCCAAGAAAAACAAUGACGACGACACUGGCAAAAUCCCAGUAACCGAGAGGACCGCAGUGUUGCUGAAGAAAGAGUUGGAGCAGAAGACUGAGGCUAUGAACCAUGCCUUGAAGAGGGAGAAUGAACUGAAGAUUGAGCUGGCUGAGCUGCGAUCCUCUGUGAUGGACCUGGAGAGCCAAAUUGAGGCCCAGGCUGCCAGCAUUGAGUCCCUGACUGCCACACUGGAGACCAAGGAUGACAUCAUUUGGGACCUCCAUGAACGCCUUGGCAAGCAGGGGGAGAGCAAAGUUUGUGACCUCCAAACUGAAGGGUCGGAACCCACAGAGGAGAGACCCCGCCCCGGCCUCCCGCAGAGAGAGAGAACUAUCAUUGGGGGAAACAGCCAGCAAGAGGCUUUGCCCACCCUGGCGGCCCUGCUCUCAGAGCAGGAGAGACUGAAGCAGGCUCUGAAGGCGGAGCAGCAGCUGUAUGCCAGCCUGGUGCGAGCUGUUAAAGAGCAGGACAGUGCCCAGUGCCUGCACACCCUGCAGAUGGAGCUAGCAGCUGUGCAGCUCCUGCGUCAGCAGCUGGAGGAGGGUGUCCAGAGCAAUGAGGACCUGCGGCAGGACCUGGAGAGGGAGCUCCAGUGUGCCAAGCAAAGAGAAGGUAGGGAGUCUAAGACAGAGCCAAUCGACCCAAAAGAAGUAGAGAGCAUGCGGCACCAGCUGGAGGACGCCCAGCGCUGGAAUGCGUCUCUGCAGGCCCGCCUCGGGGCCAUUCAGAGUCGGGGAGGCGGGGUGGGUGGCACCAAUGACACAGUGGACACAUUCAGCUUCAUGGCUGAUCAGACAUCAUACAUGAGUAUCUGUAUGGGAGAUGGUCUGGAUGAGCUGGGGCUCCUAUCUGCAGCAGAACUCAGACAAAAGGUUGUUGAACUUCAGGACUACAUUAAGGAACUGGAGGCAUUGAAUGCUGAGCUCCAGAAAAGCACCUCACUGGCAGUGAGGUCUGCCAAAGAUCUUACUGAGAAGGAGGAGGAAUCGGAUUUAAAGCUUGCAUCUGAGGAGGAGCAUUAUGAGAGGAAACUGGAGGAACCUGUGUGCUCUAAUAAGGCCCACCACUCUCUACUUGACAGAGAAAGCCAGUCUCAUGCUGACAAACAGGGGAGACGUCAGUGGGAUGAUGCAAACUCUCUGGUGUCUGAUGGUGAGAGAGUUGGAGAGUUGUUGGAUGUGACCUUGGGCGGUACCGCAUCCACGUCCCAUUUCCAAAGGGGUGCAGGCCAGCUCAAACGCACCAGCAAGAACAAGCAUGGGUCGAGUCAGGAAGACCAUGACCGAGAGAUGGGGCAGCUCCGCUUGCUCCUGUCAGACACCGGGGCAUCAUCUGUCACUCAUCUCAGAGAGGAACUGCAGAGAUUGCAGGCUGAGAAUAUUGACUUGAAGGGCUACCUGAAGGAGAAGAAAUCCACAGAGACAAAGGAGACUGCAGACACUUCAGGAGACAGUGACAGCAACAGAGACCUCCAGAAGGUGGUGGAUAAACUGAGGUCUGAGGCGAAGAGCUACCGCAAGAUCGUCAAGCUCCUGAAGGAGCAGUUGGAGCUCAACUUGUCUGCAGACGGCAAGGCUGGCUUCAACCCAGAGCUCAUUGUGGGCAUGGCAAAAGAGAUCGAAAGACUUAAGGUGGAGCUGGAGGCCUAUAGGAGACAAGCAGAGAGUUUGGAGAACCUGCUAGAGAUGGAGGCUCAGGAGCAACAGCACCAGCAGCAAGAAUCAGAGCACACGCUGAGGAACGCCUACGGAAAGGACACCUCGCCCAAGAAGAGGCAACGUCCUGACAUUGAAAGACCUGUGACUGGUGUAAGAUCGCGCCUCCCAGUUCCCACAAGGGCCCGUAAGAUGAUCAGCAGCAACAAAGCAGGUGCCAAUCAGCGCUCUUGCAGAGAGUCACAGUUACUGAGAGAAGAGACUCAUCAAAUAGGCAAAAACCAACUUCACCCUCCACCAGGACUACAGGACUUGGAUCAGUGGGGACGUGUGGAUCCGGACAAACUAGGACCCCUUUGCCCAGACUCUGAAUGGUGUGCAGGAGGAGAUCUGCAGGCUGGCAGUGGGACGGUCAGACAGAGUGAAGACGCAGAGCUCCACAAUCAGCUGGAGCUGCUCCAUGGCAAGUGCCAGGAGAAGGAGAGGGUGAUAGCACGGCUGGAGGAGCAGGCUGCGGAGUGCGAGGAGCUGAGGGAGAAGCUGCAGGAGAAGGAGACGCUCAACCAGCAGCUGGACGAAGCCCUGCAGGCUGCGGGGUCCACCAUUGCGUACCUGACCGCCUGCAGCUUAGACAGUGAGAGUGGAAGAGUUCAAGGCUCUGAAGGCAAGCUCCAGCAGCAGUGCGAUGAGCUUCAGAAGGCUCUAGAGGAGAAGGAAGAGCUCUACCAGCAGCUUGUCAAAUGUCUACGUGUGGCGGAGUCUGCAACGGCCUCUCUGGGUGCCUUUGUCUCAGACACCGCUGCCAGAGACACGCAGACCAGCUGCGCAGACCCCCGGGAGCUGGUACACAAGCUGGAGAAUGCCAUCCAGCAGAUGAACAGGUCAUCUGUGACCGAAGAGGGCACUGAAAUUGUGGACCCGCGGAGCACGGACCUUGAUCUGCACCGGCAGAUAGAUCAGCUCCAGGAAGCCCUGUGGGAGCAGAGUCGGCAGAACGCUGAGCUCCAGGAGAGGCUCCGUUACGCAGAGCUGAGCACCGCACUGAACAGUGACCGUGGUACUGCUGCUAGUCGGGACCUAGACACCAACCAGCCCAGACAAGUGGAGGAGUCCCCACGGGGUGGAGAGGAACACCAGGAGCGUAAUGGCCAACUUGAAGCAGCUGAGGGAAAGAGGAAGCAACUUCAAGAGUCACCUGAAAAGCCUCAUGAAGACCCGCAUAGGCCAGAGCAAUUAAUCAGGAGGCUGGCGGAGUGUCUCCAGGCUGCAGAAUGGGCUGUCGCGUCUCUUGCAGCCUACUGCACCUACAGCACCAAUACAGACAGGCAGAGGGGACAGGCUGACUUUCAGCAGCAGCUGGAACGUCUUCAGAAAGCUCUACAGGAGAAGAACAAGCUUCAAGACCAAUACUUGGGCGAGUCAAAUGAACUCAACAUUAAGGGCGUUGGUCAUCAGAACAAAAACCUGGACUUAAAGGAGAACAUAGGGUGUCUUCAGAGAGCAUUGAUAGAAAGCAGCCAGAAGAUCUCAGAUCUCCAGAAAGCCAUUGAGGAGCAGAAGCGGCUGAUUGGGGACUCUGAAGAGCAGCUGAAGACGGUCAGCUUGAGCACAGCAAAACUGCUGAAAAAUGACAAUGUUCAUGAGCAAGUGGAGGCCCUGCAGAACGCCCUGAAAGAGAAAAAGAACGUGUGCAAAAUGCUGGAGGAGAAGCUGGCUGCAGCACAGACCGCCAUUGCUCUGCAGACGACUGCGCAGAAAACACAUGGAGCAGCUCAACAAACGACCUCCCUGGAACAGGAUCACAAAGAGGUACAGGUGGAUUUGCAGGACCUGGGUUACGAAACGAGCGGAAAGAGCGAGAACGAGGUGGAUAGGGAGGAGAACAGUAGCACAGACAUUGAUCGCGGCCUGCAUGCCAGCGAGUUGAGCCUCCCCUCCCUGCUGAAGCAGGUGCGGGGUGCCUUCUCAUCCCUGGAGAACCUGGAGUCCACCUCCAGUGUGUCGUACCCAAGCUCGCCCACGCUCAGCUCCCCGAAGGUGAGCCUGCAGGCCUUUGAGGACUAUGGCCUGACGGACGACCCGGAACGCCUCCGGCAGCAGGUGGUCGAGCUGAAGGGGCAUCUGGAGAGCCACCAGAGGGCCGUGCGCCACCUACAGGACCUCCUGCGCCGCAACUCUCUGUCCAGCGAGCUGCUGACGGCGGCAUCCCAGCCGGACCAUCUUGCCGCUACCCAGGGGAAGAAUGACACGGGCCUUGGGGAGAGCUGCAGGCACAAGCUGUCCCCUGAGGCCCUCCAUGGGGACUUCAGCCAGAGCUCUCCCCUCAGCCAGGAGGAGGAGGAGAGGCAGGUGAUGAAGGACCAGAUCACUAACCUACACUUGGAGCUGGAGAGAGAAAGGAGCCUGAACAGGAACCUGACUGAGCAGCUGCAGCAGGUUCAGUUCCGUAGCCAAUCUGCGUCUCCUGCCAGGAUCGACUCACUGGUCCAGUCCCAGGCCCGAGAGCUGUCCCAGCUCCGGCAGCAGAUCAAGGAGAGCCGGGGGCUGGGCUCCCUGCAGCGGCAGCAGCUGGAGGACCUCAGCAAGGCCUUCGAGGAGCUUCUGCAGGCCAGCGACGUUGACUACUAUAUGGGAGAGGUCUUCCGUGAGCAGCUGGACAAGAGCUUGACCCUGCUGGAUCGCUUGGAGGACCGGCUGGAGAAUGGAGAGGUGCAUUCGGAUAACGAGGAUGGCAUAGUGCUGGAAGUGGCUCAAAGGCUCUCCAGAGAGCUGCAGGAUAAGAAUCGCCUUGUCCAGAGCCUGCAGCAGCAGCUCCAGGCCCACUCUUCCUGCAGUCACCACAGCUCAGACUCAGACAUCACUGACAGGGUGACCUCCUCCAGGUUGAAAGGGAUGAAUGGUGUAGCUGCUGCAGAGGCGCUUGAGCACCCUGCCACCGAUGCUGCUCCAGGAGCUGGAGCGCAGGAUAGCAGCACAUGCCAAACGGCCAUCCCGGGUGGCACUGAGAGGGACCCGCAGCUCCACAGCCUGCAGAGAGAGAAUAGCCGGCUGCUGGAGCAGCUGAGGAGCAGUGAGCAGCUGAAUGAGACACUCCGCAGCGAGCUGGACCUGCAACGCUCCAUCCUGGUCCAGAGGGACGGGGCGGACCGGACCAGGGAGCGCGAGGUGGGCCGGGAAGAGCAGGACAGCAGCCGUGCCCCGGGCAGAACCAUGAACCCAGAUGUCUUGGCCGAGCACCUGCAGGAGAUCCGCAGCCUGAGACUGCGCCUGGAGGAGAGCAUCCGCACCAACGACCGGCUCCGGGAGCAGCUUGAGCGCAAGCUGGCGGAGUUGGAGAAGGACCCAGCAGCUACAAACAUCUUCAUCCAUGGGGCUGAAGAGCAGGGUCAGCUGGCCAAUGAGGUUCGCUUCUUGUGGGGCCAGAACCAGGCUCUGAAGGAGCAGCUGAGCCUGGGCUCAAGAGAUAAACAGAAGGAGAAUGAGAAGCUGAGAGAAUCCCUGGCCAGGAAGACAGCCAAGCUGGAGUAUCUGAGGAAUGAGUCCGAGACACUGAGGAAGGAGAGUGGCUGUCUGCAGAGCCGACUCACCAACGCGAUGGAGGACAACAAGCACCUGCAGGACUCCCUGCACUACAGCCGAGAUGAGAUCCACAGGUUACAGUGUGAAAUAAAUGUCCAGAGACAGCAGCUCAUGGACAACCACCAGCUCCUGCAGUCACUGCGUGUGGAGCUUCAGGUGUACGAGCAGAUCAAGACUGCGGCCGACAAGCAGACCGUUUCAGAGUUGGCUCAGGAUGCGUCAAACCCGGGGUCAGGAGCCCUGGACCUGAGUGAGCUCCUGUCCGAGAUCCGCCACCUGAGAGUGCAGCUGGAGAGGAGCAUCCACACCAACAAUGCCCUGCGGCAGAAGCUGGAGGAGCAGCUGCAGAGGGGCGUGGCCAGGCCUGAGGGCUCGCACUCCACCAUCCUCAUCAACUACCUCCCACCCAGAGAGGCCCGCAGCGGAGAUGAUGGUACAAAAUCCCCCACACACAAUGGCCUUGAUACCUCUCCACAAGGCAGGGAAUCCUCCAGUGUCCUGCACGAGGCAAAGAGGCAGAUGAGGAGGGACCUGGACUAUGUGUCCCAGUGCAGCGGCAGUUCCGCAGACAGCACCACCCCCACGCCCUCCCGGCUCGUCCCGGGACACCACGUCUGGGCCAACAAGAAUGGUUGCCAUGUCCUGGGCCUCAUCGAGGACUACAGCGCCCUCCGCAAGCAGAUCUCUGAAGGGCGGAGGCUGACCAGUGGGAUGGACAAACACCUGCAAGAGUGCAUCCAUACUCUGUCUCAGCAGGACUCUGAGUCCAAGGAUCAGCAGCUUCUCAAGGGCUUCUCCACAAACAUCAACACAAUACAGCAGGUACUGGAAGAAGCGAGUCGCUUGCUGAAGCUCCUGUGGAGGGUCUCUCUCCCGGCUACAACCUCUGUGGACGGCACCCAGAGCCAUCAGGAUGAUCUGUUGAAGAAUGAGAUUGCGAGACUGAAGAGCAGGCUGUCUCAGCAAGAGAGGAUGCUUGCGGGGGCUGUGAAGCGCCUGCGCACCACCAACCGGCUGAAGGAGGGCAUGGAGAAGAUCAUCAUCGAUCAGUUAUCAUUGACUCAUGGUGUACUCAAGAAAGCCAGAGGCAAUUUAGAGCAAUCGCAGACAAAUUAUUUUACACUUUUUGGCCUUAAAGGCUUACCAGGGCCAAUUGAAGGUACCAGCCUAUGGACAGUGACCCAUGGAGGGAACCACCAUGAGAUGUGUGUCCAAGAGCUCUGCCGGACACUUGGAGUCGCCUGAGGAUCAGUGCAGCGACAUGUCCGCCUCCUCCCCCUGUAGCUAUUAGACCUACCCUGUCCCUUACUUUUUUCCUGCCUUUUUGCCUUUAUUGCUGUCAAGGUACUUGUCCAGUAAAGAGUACUUGUUGGAAAUGCUCUGUACUUGCAGAAAUACCUAUAAAUUUAGACCUAUUUUGAUAACAAGGUUGUAAAGCAUUUUAUCAUAGCAAUAAUGUAAAGGUUUUACUCAUGUAAAUACUGAACCCAUCGUAACUUUUACACUUCAGUUUUAAUUUUUGCAAACGAGACCUUUUAAUUUCACUG